AUGCCGCACCCCGGGAUCACGCCCCGUGCCGCACCCCGGGACACGCCCCUGCCGCACCCCGGGAUCACGCCCCUGCCGCACCCCGGGAUCACGCCCCCCGUCGCACCCCGGGAUCACGCCCCUGCCGCACCCCGGGAUCACGGCCCCUGCCGCACCCCGGGAUCACGGCCCCUGUCGCACCCCGGGAUCACGGCCCCUGUCGCACCCCGAGAUCACGCCCCUGCCGCACCCCGGGAUCACGCCCCUGCCGCACCCCGGGAUCACGGCCCCUGCCGCACCCCGGGAUCACGGCCCCUGUCGCACCCCGGGAUCACGCCCCGCCGCACCCCGGGAUCACGCCCCUACCACACCCCGGGAUCACGCCCCUGUCGCACCCCGGGAUCACGCCCCUGCUGCACCCCGGGAUCACGGCCCCUGUCACACCCCGGGAUCACGCCCCUGUCGCACCCCGGGAUCACGGCCCCUGCCGCACCCCGGGAUCACGGCCCCUGUCGCACCCCGGGAUCACGCCCCUGCCGCACCCCGAGAUCACGGCCGCUGCCGCACCCCGGGAUCACGGCCCCUGUCGCACCCUGGGAUCACGCCCCGCCGCACCCCGGGAUCACGCCCCGUGCUCUGGCGCAGCCACCCACUGACCUUAGGAUCUUCCAGACCUGA